AUGAAAUCACAGAUACUUCCUAUAUCAAACCCCAACGCCGGGCCAUCAUCAUCAUCAGCAUCUUCAAUGAUGCAGGCAGCAGCGGUGGCUGACACAAUGCUGCUUAGAUCUGAAGAUGAUUUGCCCACAACAAGGAUGUCAAUUUCUUCAUCUUUUGAGGAUGAUGGGAAAAUGGAGACCAGAUCCUUAAUUUCAAGGACCUUGAGUUUCACCAAUAUCUCACCCACUACCUCUGCCAAUUCAAAUUCGUAUCAGCAGAGGCGUCGGAGGAAUGCCAGUGACACCUGCCUUUCCGCCCUCCCUGGUGGCUGCCGCGAUUCUUUUCGACAAAAUAUGGGGAGGGCUGCAUCUGAUACUUAUGUAUUCACUCGGCUUAGCUUCAAGUUGUUGAGAUAUCUUGGGGUAGGGUACAGAUGGAUCACCCGUUUUCUCGCUCUUGGAUGUUAUGCUUUCCUUCUUAUUCCUGGUUUUUUUCAAGUUGGAUAUCACUACUUCUUCUCCAGUCAAAUACGUCGAGGUAUAGUUUAUGGUGAUCAGCCAAGAAAUAGGCUUGAUCUUUAUUUACCAAAAAAUAGCAAUGGACCAAAGCCAGUUGUUGCAUUUGUAACUGGUGGUGCCUGGAUUAUCGGCUAUAAAGCUUGGGGUUCUCUUUUAGGACAACAGUUAUCCGAAAGAGAUAUUAUUGUGGCUUGCAUAGAUUACAGAAAUUUUCCACAGGGAACUAUUAGUGAUAUGAUCAAAGAUGCUUCCCAAGGUAUCUUAUUUUUGUGCAAUCAUAUUUCUGAAUAUGGAGGCGAUCCUAACAGAAUUUACCUUAUGGGACAGUCAGCUGGUGCACAUAUUGCUGCUUGCACUCUCUUGGAGCAGGCAAUCAAAGAAGCCAGUGGAGAAAAAACAUCUUGGAGUGUCUCUCAGUUAAAGGCUUAUUUUGGUUUAUCUGGAGGUUACAAUUUGCUCAACCUGGUAGAUUACUUCCAUAGUCGAGGUUUGUACCGCUCAAUAUUUCUAAGCAUAAUGGAGGGGGAAGAAUCUUUACAGCGUUAUUCUCCUGAAGUAAUGGUACAAGACCCAAAUAUUAGAAAUGCAGUUUCACUCCUACCUCCUAUUAUACUUUUCCAUGGAGCUGCAGAUUAUUCCAUCCCCUCUGAGGCCAGUAAAAGUUUUGCUGAGACUCUUCGAAGAGUGGGAGUUCAAGCUGAAUCAAUUUUAUAUGAAGGAAAAACCCACACAGAUGUGUUCCUUCAGGAUCCAAUGAGGGGUGGCAGAGAUGAAAUGUUUGAAGAUUUGGUGGCCAUGGUUCAUGCUGGAGAUGCAGAAGCUCUCUCGAAAGACUCCUCGGCGCCUCCUAGAAAACGCCUCGUGCCUGAAUUCAUGUUGAAAAUGGCACGCACUGUCAGCCCCUUCUGA